AUGAGAAAAGAUGGUGAAAUCCCCCUGGCUUUGAUGGAAAUGAGGAUAAAAAGUGAGAAUCCAACAAUCUUCAAAGCAAUCUAUGAGGCCUCCCCAGGCGAGCCGCGGGAGGGCGAGGCGGUGGAGCCGGUCUGCGUGCGGAGCGGGCUCUACGAGGUGGACGUGGCCAGCGCCGAGAGCUACCCCGUCUACUGGAACCAAACAGAAAAGAUCCCUGUAAUGCGUGGGCAGUGGUUUAUCGAUGGGACGUGGCAACCUCUGGAAGAGGAGGAAAGUAACUUAAUAGAACAGGAGCAUCUCAACCGCUUCAGAGGCCAGCAGCUGCAAGAGAGCUUUGAUAUGGAAGUAUCAAAACCUGUUGACGGGAAGGAGGUUCUCUACUACCUCCCUCCCUUCUCCCUCCCUUCUUUGUUCAAAUGGAGAGGAUAUAAGGAGAAAUCAGAUGCUGCAUGUCUUAAGCGCAAGCGUUCCCAAGCUAUUCAUAGUCUAAAGUUGAGUCGCAACCAUGUGGACUGGCACAGUGUGGAUGAAGUGUAUCUUUACAGUGAUGCAACAACGUCUAAAAUUGCAAGAACUGUUACACAAAAGUUGGGGUUUUCCAAAGCUUCAAGUAGUGGGACAAGGCUACAUAGAGGCUAUGUAGAAGAAGCCACGUUAGAAGACAAGCCACCACAAACUAGUCACAUUGUGUUUGUUGUGCAUGGUAUCGGGCAGAAAAUGGACCAAGGAAGGAUCAUCAAAAAUACAGCUAUGAUGCGAGAUACUGCAAGAAAAGUAGAAGAAAAGUAUUUUUCCAAUCUAGCAACGCACGUUGAAUUUCUCCCCGUUGAAUGGAGAUCAAAACUUACCCUCGAUGGAGACACUGUGGACUCCAUUACUCCAGAUAAAGUACGAGGUUUAAGGGAUAUGCUGAACAGCAGCGCGAUGGAUAUCAUGUAUUAUACGAGUCCUCUUUAUAGAGAUGAACUGGUGAAAGGGCUGCAGCAGGAGCUGAACCGGCUCUACACACUCUUCUGCUCGCGGAACCCGGAGUUUGAGGAGAAAGGAGGGAAAGUCUCGAUUGUGUCGCACUCGUUGGGCUGCGUCAUCACCUACGACAUCAUGACUGGCUGGAACCCGGUCAGGCUUUACGAACAGUUGCUGCAGAAGGAGGAGGAGGAGCUUGAAGACCGUUGGAUGAGCUAUGAGGAGCAACGUUUACUUGAAGAACUUUACAUAACUAAACAACGGUUGAGAGAGAUAGAAGAGAGGUUACAUGGGUUAAAGGCAUCCACCAUAUCAAAACCACCUGUCUUAAAAUUUAAGGUUGAGAAUUUCUUCUGUAUGGGAUCUCCAUUAGCGGUGUUUUUGGCGUUGCGUGGCAUCCGUCCGGGAAACAGCGGUAGUCAAGACCAUAUUCUGCCCAGAACAAUCUGUAACCGCUUACUAAAUAUUUUUCAUCCGACGGAUCCAGUGGCCUAUAGAUUAGAACCUUUAAUUCUGAAGCACUACAGCAACAUUUCGCCUGUCCAGAUCCACUGGUACAACACUGCAAACCCUCUACCUUACGAGCACAUGAAGCCAAGUUUUCUCAACCCGACAAAAGAACCUACCUCAGUUACGGAUGGCGAAAGCAUUUCGACUGUACCCAGCCCAACUACUUCCCCCGUCAUGGUUCGACGCCACUACGGGGAGUCUAUAACAAACAUCGGCAAAGCGAGUAUAUUAGGAGCUGCGAGUAUCGGGAAGGGCCUUGGUGGGAUGCUUUUCUCCAGAUUCGGUCGAUCGAGUACGACCACCCCCGAGCCAGGAAAAGAGGGAGCCGAGGGGGAGGAGAAGAAGGCCACGACUGUUGGGACGCCGCCGCUCUCGCACAGCAGCUCGGGCUUUCUGGAACCCAUAGUGGAACUGGAGCACAGGAUCGAUUUUGAGCUCAGGGAAGGUCUGGUGGAGAGCAGAUACUGGUCCGCAGUCACGUCGCACACUGCCUAUUGGUCAUCUCUGGAUAUUGCUCUUUUCCUUCUAACCUUCAUGUACAAACACGACCAAGAAGAUCCCGACAAAUCCAACUUAGACGCUAUUUGAAUUUUGGACUGGGGGUGGGCGGGAUGGGAAAGGAAAUUUUAAAACAAAAUGGCACAAAACUGACGUUGUACUGCUGAGCUGCGGUAUUUAUGGCAUGGAGGUUUCAGGUUUAAGUGCAUGUUUGGGUUUUUUUUCCUAUUUCUAAAGAGCAAAAAUGAUUUGUAUUUGAAAGCACUUUACAGUUUUCGACAUUUUGCAGUGCUUAAUUAGACCUGAAAUGAUUCCAAAUUGAUGUUAACUCUUGACUGUAUAAAAGCCAAUACAACGUGUAGCAUCCCGUAAGCACGGUUGUGCAGUGUGCUUGGGUGACAUACUUGUUAAUGACCAUAAUUGCUGUUUAGUUCGUUAAAGUAUAAAAGAUUAGUUGAUUUAAAAAAAAAAAAGAAAAAAAAAGCUAAAUUAAUUUCCAUUAACCAAAAUAUAUGUUAGAUACAAACCUAAAACUGCCAUGUUCUGAUGUUUUCUGUAUCAGUCAAUAACAAACGGUGGUGUCAUUUUUUCUAGGACUUUAUUCAGCUCCACAUCCUAUUAUCCACAGAACCAUUGGAAGACCAUUCUGACGGCCAGCUCCUGAGGGCAUAUUAUACCUGACACAUUUAGAAACUAAUGCUGAAAAAAAGCAUGAAGCAAAUAUUUGAAAUACUGUAAUUAUAAUUUAUUAUUAUCUCUAAUUGUUUCGUUUUAUUCCAGUGUAUAAAACAUUACUUUUUUACUGGUUUCUUUUGACAUAAUUUAAGAACCACAUUUAUUUUCUACAGUGUUAAGACUUUUUCUCAGAAAUACAUAUCUUUGUACUACUAUUCAAAUGAAUAUAUGGACACUGUGGCACACUUUAAGUAUUUUUUCAUUAAAAAUAAAUAUUUGUGGUUUCACACAAA